AUAAUCAUAGCUAUAAUGUGGCGAGGCCUUCUAAGAGUAUACUGGAUGUUCACUGAAGAUUCCGUCAUCAUCCUGAUGCAAAAUUCUCUUUCGCAGGAUUGUUUUGGAAGACCUAUUUCAAGCGCACCAGAUUCUUGGAUUGAUGUAGUUGAACGUUACAGCAAUGACAAUAACAAGACCUUACACCGGACCUCAAAUUCUACUAGAUGCCUCAACCUGGGAUCAUACAACUACCUUGGUUUUGCUGCAGCAGAUGAAUAUUGCACGCCUCGUGUUAUUGAAUCCCUGAAGAAAUACUCACCCAGCACCUGUAGUGUUCGUGUAGAUGGAGGAACAACUAAAUUGCACACUGAGCUGGAGGAAUUGGUUGCAAAAUUUGUAGGCAAGCCAGCUGCUAUUCUGUUUGGUAUGGGUUAUGCAACAAACUCUGCCAUCAUUCCCGUCCUCAUUGGAAAGGGAGGAUUGAUAAUUAGUGAUUCUUUGAACCAUAACUCAAUUGUCAAUGGUGCUCGAGGAUCAGGAGCAACAGUACGGGUUUUCCAACAUAACAGUCCAGCUCACUUGGAGGAGGUGCUGAGAGAGCAGAUUGCUGACGGACAGCCUCGUACACAUAGACCUUGGAAGAAAAUCAUAGUUAUUGUUGAGGGAAUCUAUAGCAUGGAGGGGGAGCUUUGUAAAUUGCCAGAGAUCAUAGCUGUAUGCAAGAAAUAUAAGGCAUACACUUAUUUGGAUGAGGCCCAUAGCAUUGGCGCAAUUGGAAAAACUGGAAAAGGUGUUUGUGAGCUCCUUGGAGUUGACCCUGCUGAUGUAGAUGUAAUGAUGGGAACAUUUACAAAAUCAUUUGGAUCUUGUGGAGGCUAUAUUGCAGCAUCAAAGGAAAUAGUUCAAUACUUGAAGCACACUUGCCCUGCUCAUCUUUAUGCAACUUCCAUGUCCCCUCCUGCUGCUGAGCAAGUGAUAUCUGCAAUUAAAGUUAUCCUUGGAGAAGAUGGAUCCAAUAGAGGGGCAUUGAAGCUUGCACAAAUUCGUGAGAACAGCAAUUUCUUCAGGUCAGAACUUCAGAAGAUGGGUUUUGAGGUUCUCGGGGACAAUGAUUCUCCAGUCAUGCCAAUAAUGCUUUACAAUCCGGCAAAAAUCCCAGCCUUUUCACGAGAAUGUCUGAGGCAGAAGGUUGCGGUUGUAACUGUUGCUUUCCCUGCAACACCCCUUCUCCUCGCCAGGGCUCGCAUUUGCAUUUCUGCUUCCCACUCAAGAGAAGACCUUGUUAAAGCUUUAGAGGUCAUCAGCAACGUUGGUGAUCUCAUCGGCAUCAAGUACUUCCCAGUUGAACCUCACAAGACCCAUGCUGAAGAGAGCAGGAAGAAACUAGAGUAGGGAAUUCUCAACAUGUGUGUGCAUUUAAAGCAGACAAACAUUUCCUCUUGGGGCUCUUGUUCGUACAUUAGGAGUGCAAUUUGGAAUAAUUUUUGGCUCCUUUUCGCAAAUUUUUUCGUCUGUACAGUUACAGUAAACCUGUGCUAAGAAGUGUCAGUGAAUUACUAGUUUAAUUUGGUCUUUGUUUUAUUUCUCUUUUUACUGGAUUGAUGAGAAUUUAUUUGUAGCAAGAUAAUACAUGGCAAAUAAAGUAAACCAAACUCAGUUUCAAGAU